UGGCCUAGGAAGCAUGCUAAAGACAAAUCGUCUAAAAAACUAUCUGGGUUAAAAUGGUGUAAACAUCGAAGAACUCGUGAUUUUCUUCUUCGUCAACAUAUUUAUUUCCCUUUGUUUACUUCGUAUGUUGAUCGGAAGAGUCCUAGAAAUGGAUUUACCUGUAGCCUAUAUAAGUCUUCAUUUGUUCUAUGAUGUAAUUAGUGUAAUCCGACUAGAGACGUAGAUCUAGAUCUACAUCUGUGAAGUGAACAUUUUUCUUUUAGGGAUUAUUUGCAAGAUAAAUAAAGUGCUGCUCCAAAACAAAGCUGCUGAUAUAGCCCCACGUCUAAGAAUGUUCCGAGAACGAAACCCAACAACAGGAGAAGGGUACAUCGAGGUGCAAGCUGUACAGGGUGGAGACGAGGCCGAAGGCAAGAACAGAGAGCUCACUUUCAACAAAGCUAAUGUCGUGUCUCGGAGACAUACAUAUCCAUUUCACUUUCAUGUUCCUGAGUAUGCCAACUCUGGUCACUGCAAAUGGAUCUACUCAAUGUCGUAUGGCGGAGGUUUGGUCGGAGGGGAUACAAUUUCUGCCACAGUCAAAGUCGGACCAGGUUGUGCUGCCCUAGUCAGCACACAGGAAUCUACAAAGGUAUAUCACUGCAACUACAGCGGGGAGACAACUCAGACCACUAGCUAUGACAUUGGUGAUGGGAGCCUACUCUGUGUUUUGCCAGAUGCAACAGUUUGUUACAAAGAUGCUAAUUUUAACCAAACACAGGUUGUUCAAAUGAGACCAUCUUCCAACUUAGUUCUACUGGACUGGAUGCUAAGUGGACGCUUAGCCCUUGAUGAGUUUUGGGCUUUCAAAAGGUACAAGAAUUCAAUUGAAGUGUAUGUGUCAGAUGAGCUUAUAAUCAAAGAUUGUACAGAUCUAGCAGACACUCCGCAGCUAACUGUCUCACAAGGGAUGCGACACUUCCAUGUGUAUGGGACACUAUUUGUUCUUGGCCCUGGACUUCACUUCCUAGCUGAACAUCUCCUUGGAAUCUAUGCCAGGAAAAAAAAUUAUAAUGAUGCCCAUGAUCAAGACUUAAUUGUUUCCAUCAGUCCAACUCAGUACACUGUAAAUGGUGACCUCAUAUCUGGAUGCUACUUGAGAUUUUUGGCAUCAGACAUGAAGAAUGCAGCCAAAGUUAUUCAAGAAAUCACAUCACCAUUGAUAGAAAUCUUGGGAGGAGAUCCCUUCGAAAGGAAACUGUAGUCAUCCCCAGUUUUGGAUGCAACUAUAGAAAUGAAGAUUGAAGAAGAUAGCACAUAUUUCUGCCUUUAAAAGCUUUGAGACCAUCGAUCAAAUUUCUGCUUUGAAAAAGUGACCUUGAUGAAUCCUGAAUUAAAAGCUUUUAAAUGCAAAUUUAACAUUUUAUUGUGAUCAUUCUGACUGUUGAUGGACAUCUUACACAAGAAAUUUGACAAUUGUAUUAUUGGAUACUUAUUAUUAUUUAUCUGCAUAACUUGUACGUUUUUGUUCAAUUUUUGCUUAUGCUUUUUGUCUGUGAAACUUUGACGUCCAUCAAGAAACUUUUAUAACGGUAUCAUUUGUUGCAUGUUGAGAAACACAUAUGUAGGACAUUUGAUUACUUCAUACAUUAUUGUAUGUUUUGUUUUACUUGUACACAUAAUGAUAUGUUCCAUUUUUCUUUGGCUUUUGGCUAUUCUGUUAUUACCGAUUGUUUUUAAUUGUAAACAGUAUUAACGAUGUCGGUUGGCAUUAACAAUUCUGCAACAAGGUAGCACAUGAUGAUCAGAAUGUAAAGACAUCUCUAUGUAAAUACAUGGAUGGCUACCUGGUCAAGUGGUUUGCACUCUGGACUGUUGUCUCGGUGUUCCCAUGUUCGAACCCUACCCGCCGCCAUCCCUUGCUGUCUUGCAGGAGGCUUGGGCUAGGAGGUAAUAAUCUUCAAUUCUGAAGGAACAUCCAAAUCAUGCAUCACUAACAAAAGACAUUAACUCAUGAUCUGGCCUCUUACCCCCCAGAGCAUUGUUAAAGUUUCUGGGUCUGAAAUAAAACAAGAUAUAAGAAAACGCCAACUUGAAGAGAUGAUUUGAGGAACUCGUAUCAAACUAACAUACACCCAACCUACUCAUACGAACAGUGUUUCCAAUCAAAGGUGUCAGUUCAGCCAUCUUUCUGCAUGUUCAUAACACAUUUUUUUUUACUUUAUGAUUUUGAUUGAUGAGCUAAGAAAGUCUUAGCUGUUUUUGUAUAACAAGGUUUUACACUAACUUAAAAUAAUUGGCUGGCUGCAAACUAUUUCUGAGUGCAUGUAAAAUAUAACAUUCUCUGUAUCAGUUGUGUGAAAUGACUAAGCCCCUAAGAGUGCUGGGCUUUUAUGAUGAUGUUUCUUGACAUCAUGUUGUAUGUUGAAGGAGAGCUCUUCAUAAAUAGAAUUCUGUUUAAAAGAUUUUUCAGUGUCUUAAAUAAAUGAGGGCUGUAGACCUAUUGGCUAUGAAAGCUGCUUGUUAUCCUCAAUUUUAUAAUUUACUUUUUUACAAGUGCCAAAUGUAACAUUGCAAUCUGUACUGUGCUUUAGAAAUCAAUAAAUUUUUUGAAGAACAAAGAAGUGUUAUUGAACUAAAUUAAUCACGUUUUAAAACAUAAAUGUCAUAGUUAUAUAAUGAGCUUUUAUAACAAGGUCUGAAAGAGGAACUUUAAUUACUGCUU